ACUCAUACCCAUACCCAUGCACGGCGCGGAGGAGACGGCGGCCGGGCCGCGGGUGAAAGCGGCGAGCACGCAGACCGACAGCAUGGCCGGUCAAAUGCCAAGACUUUCUAAGGUCAAUCUUUUUACUUUAUUAAGUCUCUGGAUGGAGCUCUUUCCCUCACAUGAGCAGCAGAAAAAAUCCCAGGUGAAGAAGAGUGGUCUGGUUGUGGUGAAAAAUAUGAAGAUUAUUGGUCUUCAUUGCUCCAGUCCAGACUUGCAUGCUGGCCAGAUUGCACUCAUUAAACACGGAUCAAGACUUAAAAAUUGUGAUCUUUAUUUUUCCAGAAAACCAUGUUCAACUUGUUUAAAAAUGAUUGUAAAUGCUGGGGUCAACAGGAUUUCCUACUGGCCUGCAGAUCCUGAAAUCAGCUUGCAGAGCGAGGUAUCCAAUCCAAUGAGCACUGAGGAUGCAAAGCUGGAUGCCAAAGCAGUGGAAAGACUGAAGUCAAACAGCCGUGCUCGAGUGUGUGUGUUGCUUCAGCCUUUGGUGUGCUACAUGGUGCAGUUUAUUGAAGAAACUUCCACCAAGUUUGAUUUUAUUCAGAAAAUAGCAAAAUCACAGCCUGACUCUAACACUGACUUUUAUACUGCGUGUAGGCAAGAGAGAAUAAAAGAGUAUGAAAGUUUAUUUCUAAUUUCAAAUGAGGAAAUGCACAAGCAAAUAUUGAUGACAAUGGGACUGGAGAACCUUUGUGAAAACCCAUACUUCAGCAACCUUAGACAGAAUAUGAAAGAUCUUGUCUUGGUCUUGGCAUCAGUGGCUGCCAGCGUGCCUGUGUUUGGAUGCUUUGGGUUUUACAGGAGCGGAUCCCAGCGAACAAAUGAGGCAGAGGAUCAGUGUUUGCCCCAGGACGUGGCCAGGCACUGCAUGAUACAGGCCAGGCUGCUUGCCUAUCGGACAGAGGAUCAUAAAACGGGAGUUGGAGCUAUUAUUUGGGCAGAGGAAAAAUCAAGAGGCUGUGAUGGAACAGGAGCAAUGUAUUUUGUAGGCUGUGGUUACAACGCCUUUCCUGUUGGAUCUGAAUAUGCUGAUUUUCCACACAUGGAUGAUAAGCAAAAAGAUCGGGAAAUCAGGAAGUUCAGAUACAUUAUCCAUGCGGAGCAGAACGCCCUGACAUUCAGGUGUCGAGAAAUAAAGCCAGAUGAGAGAAGCAUGAUAUUUGUAACAAAAUGUCCAUGUGAUGAAUGUGUCCCUUUAAUUAAAGGAGCUGGUAUCAAGCAGAUCUAUGCAGGAGAUGAUGAUGCUGGAAAAAAGAAAGCAGAUAUAUCUUACAUGAAGUUCGGUGAACUUGAGGGUGUAAGCAAAUUUACAUGGCAGUUAAGUCCAUUGCACACUAAUGCACUUGAAUUCCAUGACCCUACAGCCAGGGAAAAUGGGGUCCAGAAAACAAAAUCGCUGGAUGACCAGCAGCACCAAAGCAAGAAACUGUGUCUAGGUCAUUACUGAAUAGUUAAGCACUUCCUGCAGUCUUGCUUCGUACUUUUUAUAAUACAGCCUGUUUGCACUUUCAAAUAAUGAAGAGUUUUAUUUAUUGUUUGGAAAGUGAAUUUUAGAAUAAGUUUAUUUAUGAUGUCUUAAAUGUUUUACAGCGUUACCUGAAGGUCUUUUUAAUUUAGAAGCUCCUGGCGAAAAAAUGCUGCUUGUAUUUUCUGUGAAAGUAACUGGGUGGCUGAUCAUUUUUAACACAUUAAAAAAAUAUACUGAAAGUUCA